AUUCAGCAAACCUGGAGCAACGUCGUGAAGGUCAUCCUACGACGUACCAGUGAAACGCUGAGAGAAACUCAGGGUGGAUUCCGAGGAGACAAGGAAGCAUGGUUCUGGAAUGAUGAAGUCCAGGGAGUUGUGAGAGCGCUGGCAGAAAACACGAGCUCCAGGAGACCUGACUGCCUAACUCUCAAGAGGGUUGCGAAGGCUGCUGUAGCGAAGGCAGCAGUAGGAAGUGGACUCUUGUAUGAGAAACUCGAGGGACGAGAAGGAGAGAAGUUCGUCUUCCGACUGGCAAAAUCGCGUAACCGGGCUACUCUAGACAUCAGGGCAGUGAAGUCCGCUAGGAGCAGCGGGGGUGCCAUCCUCAGGAAACCUGGGGAGGUCAGGCGUAGGUGGAAGGAAUACUUCGAUAGGCUCCUAAACGAAGAAUUCGCCCAUAAGAAGAGUCCUCAAUUAGAGGCAACGCUUGGUCCCAUCAAACUGGACAGAGGAUGGGGUGCGCAAAGCAAUAGGAAAAAUGGAGGUUGGAAAAGCAAUUGGUCUAGAUGGGAUACCUGUCGAGGCAUGAAGGUCGCUCGGAGAGCAUGGGGUAAGGUGGCUCACGCGAUUCUUGGAUACAGUGACCCCCAAAGACGAUUCCCAGAGGCGUGGAGGAGCAGUAGUAUCGUUCCCAUCCUCAAGCAAAGGGAAGACGCGAUGGAGUGUUCUGACUACAAGGGGAUCGAGUUGAUUGCUCACACGAUGAAAGUGUACGAGCAUCUGGUAGACUCAAGAUUGAUAGAGUCCCGAUCUCACAGGAGCGGUUCAGCUUCAUGCCUGAAAGGUCUACAACGGAUGCCAUCUCCAUAG